AUGCAUUUUCUACCCUUUCGACUCAAAAAUUUCCUAAUUCUUGCACUUUUUGCUUUCCCAAUAUUAGCUCUUGAAUGCUAUCAUUGUGAUUCGUUGAAUGAUGGUGAUUGUCAAGAGGAUCAAGUGAGACACGAGCACUUGAAAGAGUGCAACCCGUUGACUUUCGGGCCAUACUACGAACGAGUGCCGAUUGGAUGUCGAAAAAUGAUUGAUAAAGGUUUGUCUCCUUACCGUAUCACCCGUACUUGCUCGUAUAUGGGACGGCGUGUGCAUGGACGAAGAGCCAACAAUAAACUCGUCUAUCAAUGCGCUGAGUCGAGAUGCAACUCAUCAAAAUCCCAACAAAAUCUCCUCUUCAUUUUCAUUUUUUUCAUUCUUUUCCCAUUUUUAAACUUUUUAAAA